GAGCAGGUCAGUGUUCUGUAUCAGAACAUACACAUAGCGGAACCAAGAUUAAUCCAGCCGUACGAACAUGUCAUUAAGAACUUCAUCCGAGAGAUCAAACUUCAAAGCACAGAGAUGGAAACUUUGGCCAUCGCAGUAAAAAGAGCUCAGGAUAAAGCAGCAGUUCAGCUCAGUGAGCUGGAGGAAGAGAUGGAACAACGGAUACAGGCUGCAGAACAUAAAGUUAAAAAGGAAGAGAAACGAAAAGCUGAAGAAGCACUAAAUGAGCUGAAGCGCCAGUAUGAUACUGAAGUUGGGGAUCUUCAGGUGACAAUAAAAAAACUUAAAAAGCUGGAGGAGCAAUCCAAAAAUGUAAACCACAGGGAAGAUGUGGUUGAAUUGAAAAAAAGAAUACAUGAUAUGUUGCUGGAAAAUCAGAAACUUAAGAAAGAUCUUUUAGAAGCACAGACAAAUAUAGCUUUUCUACAGAGUGAAUUAGAUAGCUUGAAAAGCGAGUAUGCGGAUCAGACUUUGAACACUGAGAGAGACCUAGAAAUGAUACGAGAGUAUACUGAGAACAGAGAUAAUCUGGAGAGACAAAUUGAAAUACUUCAGUCAGCUAAUAGAAAGCUGCAUGACAGCAAUGAUGGUUUAAGAAGUGCACUUGAAAACAGUUUCAGCAAGUACAACAGAUCAUUGCGGUUAGCAAACACCUCACCAGGAAGUACCAUUUCUAGAAGCAGUCCUAAAUUUAAUGGUGGACAAUCUCCUCUAAAUGCACGGUAUGACAGAUCAUCUCAUUCUUCUUGUGUGGAUGAAGAUUAUGAUUCUUUAGCCCUUUGUGAUCCUAUGCAAAGGAUAAACUGUGAAGUUGACAGCUUGCCUGAGAGCUGUUUUGACAGUGGUUUGUCUACCCUGAGAGAUUCAAAUGAGUAUGAUUCAGAAGUGGAAUACAAGCAUCAAAGGAUUUUUCAAAGGUCACAGUGUAUGCAAGAAAGCUUUGGUGGUGAUGCUUCUGAUACAGAUGUUCCAGAGAUCAGGGAUGAAGAAGCAUAUGGUCUUGAUAACAGCAGUGCGGUAUUAGACUGGAAGCCCUCACAACCAGUAAGUCGAAGCAGCUCAAUUGCUUCAACAAGGAAAUACAUAUCUGCUCUCACCCCUCAGUCAGAUGCCACCGAAUGUACUCCGAAAUAUCCCAGUUCAGAGAAGGCAUACAAGAUUGUUCUUGCUGGAGACGCAGCAGUGGGAAAAUCAAGUUUCCUUAUGAGACUUUGCAAGAAUGAAUUUCGAGGCAAUACCAGUGCAACCCUGGGUGUGGAUUUUCAAAUGAAAAGACUAAUUGUUGAUGGAGAACCUACAGUGCUACAACUUUGGGACACAGCCGGGCAGGAGAGAUUCCGAAGUAUUGCUAAAUCAUACUUCAGAAGAGCAGAUGGUGUCUUACUGCUAUACGAUGUAACAUGUGAAAAAAGUUUUCUUAAUGUGAGAGAAUGGGUGGAUAUGAUUGAGGAUGCAACUCAUGAGAAUAUUCCAAUUAUGAUGGUGGGAAACAAAACAGAUCUCCGUCAAGUUGUUACAGAACAAGGGCAAAAAUGUGUGCCUAUAAACUAUGGAGAAAAGCUGGCUAUGACUUAUAAUGCACUAUUUUGUGAAACAAGUGCUAAAGACGGAUCUAAUAUUGUAGAAGCAGUUCUUCAUCUUGCUCGGGAAGUGCGAAAACGAAGUGAUAAUCAAGAUGAUACAAGGUCAGUAACCAGCCUGGCUGGGACACCUGUCAAAAAAUCAUCACUCACGAAAAACUGCUGCAAUGUUUAA